CAAACACUAGCUCAGAUCCCCCCAUCUCCUCGCGCCACCGCCCACUCCCGAUCCAGUCCUCCCUCCCACCGCCGACCUCAACCAAGGACGACGGAGAUCCAGUCCUUUCCCUGCGCGGCAACACUUCCUCCCACCCACCGCCGACCUCGCUUUCCUCCUCACCCACCGCCCACCUCGUCCCUCUCCUCACCAUCUCUCCCUACCCUCCGCCCUCUGCCUCCUGCCUCGAACCCCCAGAUCCAAUCCACACAACACCGCCGCCCCCGCACCCCGUACUGUCCACCAUGGCCGCCUCCUCCUCCUCCUCGCUCCGGAUCCCCACACCAACCCACCACCCCGCCGUGGGGGCGUGUCCGCGGCGGCUGCCCUUCCACGUCGUCUCCCCACAGCAGGCGCCGGCACCGGGCGACGGCGACGACGCCAACGGGCCCACCGGCGUGCCCGUGCCCUUCUACCGUGCGGGCAGCUGUUCCGGCGGGGGUCGACGCCGCAGGUGGUGCGCGAGGAGGUGGACGACUUCCUGUGCUCCGAGAGGGGCUGCCGCCGUCGCGUGCUGCCGGAACAAGCAGCAGGGGAGCUUCUGCUUGGCGCAUGCGUCUCCUUCCUUCGGCAGAAGUAGCAGGUGAGGAAGAACCAGCUGCCGACGGGCGAGGGCAUGGGGUACCUGGAGGCCAAGCACCACCUGCUGCUCUUAUAAUGUCGAGAGCCGAUGACGACACGGUGAUGGAGGCGGUGGACUCGGAGGUGUCGGUGACGUGCACGGACAUGGGGCUGGUCCAGAAAGCGUUCCAGGCCCUGCUGUGCACCAAGCGGCACCCCAUUGACCAGCCGAUGAUGCACGAGGUGGCCCGGGUGCUGCUCUCGCUCAUGCAGCUCCUGCCCUCCAGGUCCCAUCCACAUGCAUGCUCCCUCUUCAUCUCAGAUAUUGGAUAGAAGUAGGGAAAAACCAUCCUCCAUAUUGUUUGCUCAUUAUCUGUAUUAUGUGUAGAGAACAAUCAUGGUGUCUAUUUCUGCUUUAUGCCCCACGUUUCACUAAUAACAUGCCCAACUUCCUGCUCUAUAGGAAAUAAGUACAUGAUUGUUUAUCCUCCUGUAUAACAGUUUAAGUUUGUGACCUGAUCUUGUGCUUCUGGUAACUAGUCCAAUUUGCGUACUUUUAAGUGUCUUUUGACAUGGUGGUGCCAAACAAAACUCAUAUGCUUAUGCUGAGCUUACUUUUAAUCUUGUGAACAUGACAAUGUAGAGGAUGUACUGUAGUUCCACUCAUUUUAUUCUCUGUGAUGAGCUUAUUUUUGUAUUGUAGCCACCUUCUUGUUUACUUUGCUGAAUCAGAUCUUGUGUGCUAAUCAUGAGUUACUAGCAUUUGGCUUCUCUAUGGUAAUUAAACCUGAUAAAUCUGUGUACUUCUUUGAGAUACAAAUUCCACAUUGCAUGUUUACGAGGUUCAGUUUCUAUAGAUGUUGCCAAAUAUUGGUGUCAACGUGUCUUUCCUUAGGGGGUGAUUUAAACUGCAUAUGAUCUACUGUAUAUAUUUUUUGUUGUUCAAACAUUGAAAUUCUGGUUCAUUUAACAAACAUCAAAAUGUUGUUGACCCUGUCAUUCUAUGCUUAAAUGAUGAAAAUGUCGCAUUUUGCUUGUUCUAACAUGCUGUUAGAUUUGCUUUUAUUCUGUUCCUAACCAUUUUGUUUGAUAACUUCCAGAUCCUAGCCUUCCUUUGUGUUUUGUCGUGAGGUCUAGGAUGAACAAGUCGGGCUCAUUGGAGAUAGUUAUACUAUGAUAGCUAGUUAUUUUUUUUGUAGUUGUGUUACCUGAUGUGAACUUUUUAUUAUUGUAAACCUGAUGUUAACCAUGGUUCAUUGUAAUAAUGUGCCAAGUUUGGCUCUGUUUGAUUGUA